AUGGCCGAGUACCACGCAGUCUGCGCGGCCACCGACGUCCCGAACGGCGCUCGAAGGUGCAUCGUGCUCCCGACCGGCCGGACCGUCCUCCUCGUCCACCAUGCGCAUGUGCUCUACUGCAUCGACCAAGCAUGCUAUCACCAUGGUGGGCCGCUCCUCACGGGCGACAUU